AUGAUGUUCCCUGGCCUCCUCGCGCCCCCCGCCGGGUACCCUAGCCUCUUGCGCCCCACGCCCACCUUAACGCUGCCCCAGUCCCUGCAGUCGGCAUUUUCCGGCCACUCGAGCUUCCUGGUGGAAGAUCUGAUCCGCAUCAGCCGGCCUCCCGCUUACCUGCCCCGCAGCUUACCCACCGCCAGCAUGUCGCCCCCUAGGCAGGGGGCCCCCGCGACUCUCACAGACACCGGGACUUCGGACCUGGGCUCCCCGGGUCCAGGCAGCCGACCGGACGGUUCACCUCAGACGGCCGCCUCCCCUGCCAGCGAGCCAACGUUUCUGAAGUUUGGGGUUAACGCCAUCCUCUCCUCUUCGCCCAGAACCGAAACACCCCCUGCCUUACUCCAGAGCGUCCCUCCCAAGACCUUCGCCUUUCCCUAUUUUGAAGGCUCCUUCCAGCCUUUCAUCAGAUCUUCUUAUUUCCCAGCAUCCUGCAGCGUAGUGCCCAUCCCGGGGACCUUCUCCUGGCCGCUUGCUGCCCGCGGCAAGCCUCGCCGGGGCAUGCUGCGUCGAGCCGUGUUCUCCGACGUGCAGCGCAAGGCGCUGGAGAAGAUGUUCCAGAAGCAGAAGUACAUCAGCAAGCCCGACCGCAAGAAGCUGGCUGCCAAGUUGGGCUUGAAAGACUCACAAGUGAAAAUCUGGUUCCAGAACCGACGCAUGAAGUGGCGGAACUCCAAGGAGCGCGAGCUUCUGUCCAGCGGCGGCUGCCGAGAGCAGACCCUCCCCACCAAACUCAAUCCGCACCCGGACCUCAGCGACGUGGGCCAGAAGGGCCCAGGGGAUGACGAGGAGGAAGACGACGGCCCGGGCAGCCCCCGCCCCCGCCUGGUCUAUCACGCGUCCCCCGACCCGCGGCACCUGCGGGACCCGCGGCUGGAAGGGCCGCUCCCUGCCUCGCCGGCUCACUCCAGCAGCCCCGGCAAGCCUUCGGACUUCUCCGACUCCGAGGACGAUGAGGAGGGCGAAGAGGAGGAGAUCACCGUGUCUUAG